AUGAACGCACAGCUGUCGAUGGAGAAUAUGGGCGACCUGCAUGGGGUGAGCCAUGAGUCCGUGGCCGCUCACGGAGAGCUGCACUCCCGUCCGAGCCCCCGGGGUCUGAGCCACCGCGCCAUGGGCAUGGCGACCUUGCUGGACAGCGGAGACUAUCACCCCGGCCACCCCGGACACCUGCAUCCGGCCAUCAGCAUGUGUGAAGCCCCCCCCGGCAUGAGCGCCAGCACCACUUACACCACCCUGACCCCCCUGCAGCCCCUGCCUCCCAUCUCCACCGUCUCCGACAAGUUUCCCCCCCAUCACCACCACCACCACCAUCCCCACCAUCCGCACCCGCACCCCCACCAGAGGAUCCCCGGGAAUGUGAGCGGCAGCUUCACGUUAAUGCGCGAGGACCGGAGCCUGGCGCCCAUGAACAGUCUGUAUCCCACGUAUCACCACAAAGACCCCUGCAUGGGCCAGAGCCUGUCCCCGCUCUCCGGCUCGGGUCUGGCCAGCAUCCACACGUCCCAGGCCGGCAUCCCUCCCUACGCGCACCCCGGGGCCGCCAUGCCCGGUGAGAAGAUGCUCACGCCGAGCGGAUUCGAGGCGCACCACCCAGCCAUGCUGGGCAGGCACGCGGAGCAGCACAUGAGCUCCUCCGCCGGCAUGGUACAGAUCAACGGCCUCCACCACCACCCGCACGCCCACCUGGGCGCGCAGGGUCACGGCCAGGGGCUGGGGAACGGCCGGGAGCAGGCCUCCGGGCCCGGGCAGCAGGGGGGCGGCGGCGGGGGGGGUGUUUCUGGGGGACAGAUGGAGGAGGUGAAUACCAAAGAGGUGGCGCAGAGGAUCACCACGGAACUGAAGCGCUACAGCAUCCCUCAGGCCAUCUUUGCCCAGCGGGUCCUGUGCAGGUCCCAGGGGACCCUGUCCGACUUGCUGAGAAACCCCAAGCCCUGGUCUAAGCUCAAGUCCGGCAGAGAGACCUUCCGCCGCAUGUGGAAAUGGCUGCAGGAGCCUGAGUUCCAGCGCAUGAGUGCGCUCAGGCUCGCAGCAUGUAAGCGUAAGGAACAGGACCACGGUAGAAGCGAGCGGGGGAGUGUGUCUAAGAAACCCCGGCUGGUGUUCACAGAUGUGCAGCGGCGGACGCUCCAUGCCAUCUUUAAGGAGAACAAGCGUCCAUCCAAAGAGCUGCAGCUCACCAUCGCCCAGCAGCUGGGCCUCGAGCUGGCCACAGUCAGCAACUUCUUUAUGAACGCGCGUCGCCGGAGCCUAGACAAAUGGGUGGAUGACGGCUCUGGUCACUCAGCCAACUCUGGCCCCAACGCCUGCACCAAAGCCUGAAGUCGGACUGAUCUGACCAACUCAUGGACUGACUCAACCUCGGUGGAAAAGCUUUAAAACUUAAGAGAAACAAAGAAAAAACUUAAAAAGAACUUGAAGCAACGUUUUGCCCUUAAACCUGUACUAUAUUGAUAUUUAUAGUAUCCAAAGAUGAAAAAACAAACCAAAGACUUCUUGUUUGACCUGCUUUAAAAUGUGUCAGUAACACGUUUAUGUGUAACAUACUGCAAAAAGACUUUCAGUUCCCCUCCUAUACACACACACAAACACACACACACACACACACACACACACACACACACACACACACACACAUACAC